AGCCACAGCAGCCGCAGCAGCAGCCACAGCAGCCACAGCAGCCACAGCAGCCGUCACCGCCUCCACCACCAGACUACCGCAAACGCAUCGUUCCACAGUCUCUAGCGAACGAGGUGCCACCCAAGGUGGAGGACUACACAUCCGUGUACAAAAACGAUUUCCAAGCAUGGAAAGUAAACAAGCGGCAGCCACAUAAAGUAGCCGACACCUUGAAGGUCAACCUAGGAUUAAUCAUUCCAGACAGUGUUCCCAAAGACGCAGCCAACUCCAAAGCAGUCCCACAGGAGCAACAGCCGCAGCCUUUUGAAAGCAAAACCAGCGACAGAUGUGAUUACGUCGCUCAUCCAGUGCAGCCCAGGAAACGCAGGGAGAAGCCCGUGUACCAGAGGAGAGGUCUACCGAUGGAGCGCGUCACCACCUUGAAGCCAAACGAGGCUCGGGACAUAAAAAAAGAAUUAUUUGACGAAGCCAAUGAAUUCUUUGAGAAAUUCAAGACCUGGUCCCUUGAAGCCCAGUUCCACGGCCGAGACAAAGCCAAAGCAGCGGCAGAGCCCAAGCAACUCUCCACGACACACGCAGACUACACGGCACACAAGUGCCAGCGCACCAAACCAAUCCUGCCGUCCACGGAGACCGGAGAGAAAAGCAAUGAGCCCUUCCAAACUACGACGACCAUGAUGGAGGAUUUCAAAGCUUGGGACACACCGAAAACCAAGAAAACCACCUUUACACGCAGCACACCGAAGCCUGAGAGCUGCAAAACAAGCCCCACGCCUCGCAGCCUUCAUCCCAAAGUGAAGGAGACUGCAGUCGGCGAUUCCAGCCAGGAACGCCACCAAGGAACCUCAACGCCCUGCGGAGGACGGAGCGAUUUCAGGCUUGGACUGCGUCUCCCCUGGAACUAAAGAACGCAGGACGCACUGGAAGAGCUUUCAGGGGCGAGGAGUGACUUGGGCCGAUGGGGACAUUCAUGAGGAGCCCACUCCGGCCCACCAAAUAAUCAGCUGCAUGGUCUCCAGCAGCAGCUGAGCCACACAUUACCUCAGGUAGCUUCUACUUUGCAGCAAUAAAAGCCAUAAACAGCACUAUGAUUAUGUAAUGGCAGCUAUUUUUAUACUAUUAAGCGCCUCACUGACACUCCCCAGCACAACUCUGAGUGUUAUGUCAUCUGCUUAACUCAAGGCUUUUCAUAUUCUGUUCAGGAAACACACAGCUGAAUGUGGUUCAUCACAACCACGGUGUGUAAUAGGGCUGCGACUGCCGCGUAUUUUUAUUAUUGAUUAAUCUGCAUAUCAUUUCUUCAAUAAUCAAUAAUCGUUUGAGAAUCCCGAAGCAGAGAAUAUUGGAAUGACUUUAAAAUCGAUUAACAAAAUAGUUUCAGCUCGAGUGUCGAUGAAAAGGCUGCAGAGCCAUCAUUUAAUAAUAACUUAUAACAGUCGGGAGUGAAAAUUG